UCUUAACCCAAAUUUUCCUUUCUGUGUGUGUUCUCCCACCCCAUCCCGCAAACCCCCGCACCUCAACAUUCAACUCCUCAAAGAAUAAGCAGCAAAAACAGGACUUCUCAACUGAUAAUUCCUUAUUACGUGGAUAAUUUUUGUACGACAAAUUUCUCUCUCUUUGUGAAGAAUAAGGUUGUCAAUUAGGCCAAGUCGCUGAUAAGUAACUAUCCUUACCCCUCAAUUGUUGCUAUUAAAUCUGUCCACUCCAUGAAUUUUCACAGUUAGGUCGAAUUUUUACUUCCUAAUUAGUCUUUUGAUUUGCUUGCAAAUCUUGCUAACUUUUGACAUGGGGUUCGUUGUAUUUUUUUACAGGUGAUUAGUCUAUUUCUCUCUUUGACAAAUUCAAACGGGUCAUAAACUUUCCUUCAACUUCUGUUAUCUCUCUGUUUCCCUCUGUUUGUUUUUGCUUCCACCUGAAGCUUCAUACUGAUUAAAUUCCAUGGCCACUCUCAAAAUUUCUUCUCUUGUCUGAAUAUGGCUUCUCUUUCUCGUUACCUCUAUCAAAAUCUUUUCUUAUCGCUUUCUACGCUUUUUGCCUCUGUUUCCAUCUAUUUGUCGCCUCUGUUCAGCUUCAUCACCCCAUUCUUCCUCAGAUUAAGAUGGGGUAAUGCUUCAUUAAACAAGAAUCCAGGCUUUAAAGAAGAGUAUAAAAAAGAAUUUGCUUUUUCAAAGGCAGAACGACAGUUAGGUACUGAGUCUGAAGCUUUUAAGGAUGCUUCUGAAUUCCCUGAUUCGGAAAAUAAUGGGGAGGUACAAAAAACUGAGUUCAGUUUUACAUUUAGAUUCCCAACCUAUGAAGAAUUUUGUAAGAGCAGGGAAGAAAAAGGUGAAUUUGUUAGCUCUAAAUGGAUGCCCUCCGCGUGUAACCAUAACUUUCUCACAGAAACAGAAACAGAGGUUGUUGUAACAGAGGAUUUGAAAGAAGUUCAUAGUAAAAGUGGAACUUUUAAAGAGGAAGAAAAAGGAGAUUUGGGUGAUUUUAAGUGUGAUGAAGAGGAAAUGGAGAAAAGUGAAGGACUCAAUUCCGUGAAAGGAGAAUCAAAUAUCACUGAUGAGUUUCUGUUUGAAUCUGAGAAGGAUUCUUUAACUGAUUCUGAUAGUGUGUCAAUUGGUUUUGAGCAUAUUCGUUACCUUAUGAACAAAUUAGUUGAUCAGUAUAGUGAUGGUUUCUUGACUGAUGAAGACUUUGGUGGUGAAUUUGAGCAUAAUGAAAAAUUAAGUGAUUUUGAAAUGUCAGAGGAAAAUCAAGAAUCUGAAGAUUCUGAUAGUGAUAUAAUGGAAGAGCUAAAGAAAUUAGAACAUGAUCAAGCACAAAAAUUUUUAUCUGAGGAUGAUUUUCAAGAAAGUGUCAAGUCAAGAAAUGAAGAUGCAAACAAAUUGGAGACGUUGUGGGAACAUCAAGAAUUAAUUGAACAACUAAAAAUGGAACUUAGAAAAGUUAGAGAUACUGGUUUGCCUACUAUUUUGGAAGAAUCAGAGUCUCCAAAAAUGGAAGAUUUGCAGCCAUGGAAAAUUGAGGAAAAGUUCCAACGUGAAGAUUGCAUGAAUGAACUUCAUAAGUUUUACAAGAGUUAUAGAGAAAGGAUGCGCAAAUUUGACAUCUUGACGUACCAGAAGAUGUAUACAAUAGGUUAUCUGCAGAAAGAUCCGCUAAACGAUCCAUUUCAACAUAUCUCAAGCCAGAGAUGUUCAGGUCCAAAACUAAAAUCCCUUAUUUCACAAAAUAUUCGGCUAUUCAAACAUAAAAGCCAUGACAAUAUUGACCCAAUGGUAAAGUUUAUCAAAGAAUUGCAGAGUGAUCUGGAAGUAAUAUACGUUGCACAGAUGUGUCUUUCUUGGGAAUUUCUACACUGGCAAUAUGGGAAGGCUUUAAGUUUGUGGGAUUCUGACCCUCGUGGUAUCCGUACAUAUAAUGAAGUUGCUGGAAAAUUUCAACAAUUUCAAGUUCUCUUGCAAAGAUUUAUAGAAAAUGAACCUUUUCAAAGGCCUAGAGUUCAAUAUUACAUCAAGAGUCGAUACGAUCUUCGUAAUCUUCUUCAAGUUCCUGUCAUAAGAGAGGACAGAAUGAAAGACAAAAUCAAGGCUAGAGCUGGAGAAAAGGUUGAUUAUUUCAUAACAAGUGACAUGCUAGUGGAGAUACUUGAAGAAUCAAUUCGAAUAUUUUGGCAAUUUGUUAGAGCUGAUAGAAAUUGCUCCAAUAUGAUUGUGAAGGGUCAAAAGAGGAAACGUCAAGAGCUUCAAGCACCAGAAGAUUUGGAGCUUUUAACGGAGGUCAAAAGAAAUCUUGAAAAGAAAGAAAAGAAGCUAAAACAUGCUUUGAGAGGUGAAUGCUGCAUACUGAGGAGGUUCAGGAAACACAAGGAAGAUGAUGAUUCAGAAUCAGAUCAUGGUAUCAGUAUGCCGUCAAAGGUCAUCUUUUGUGGAAAAUUUUCUUUCCUUCAGUUUACCAUUUCUCCAGCAGGCAAAAAAAAAAAAAAAAAAAAAAAAAAAAAAAAAAAAAAAGGGACUUGUAUAUGUGUAAGGAGAGUUGAGGGGCAAAAAUAAAUUGUCAAGAAUGGGAUUCGAACCCAUGCCCUUUCGGACCAGUACCUGAAACUGGCGCCUUAGACCAACUCGGCCAUCUUGACUUCUUGGUGUUUGUUUUACCAAAAACUUAUAUAAAUCUCUAUCUACUCCAUAUCUUUCUUUUGCUA